AAUAGAAUUUCUGAACGCACCCUUUGUGGAGGUUAAGAUGCAUCGCGGAUACUAGCCUGUUCGCUACCCUGAAGAGGCUGUAGCUGGACAAGGUGAAUUUUACCAAUAGUACAUAAUUGACUGUGUAUAUAGAAGUUACAGAUCGUGUGAAAUGGAUUUGCACGAUCGCUACUUGCGUUUCCCAACGCUAGAUAUUUCGGUUUUACGGGCCAAUAAACUCGAAGACGACGUUUUACCUCGCCAUUUGAUACAGUUUUAUAAUUGUGAGAUGACCAAAGAAAAGUUGAAUAUACGUGAACUGGAAAUCUAUCGAAUGCUGUUAUGUUACGAAUAUCAACAAGCAUACGAUCGCAACGUUAAGAAACACCUGGUAUCUCACACGGAGAUAUGCCUUUCUAGUAUCGAAGUUAUUUUUCCAGCGCACCAUCGGCGAAAUCUUGCAGAAAUGUCGAUUUUACGCGACAUAAUCAUUCUACAAACGGUACUUUACUGUAACACCGCAUCGAUUGAACAACUUUUGCGGAACUUUCUAAACUCUUACAGUGUCUAUACCACAAAUAGCGAUACUAGAGCUAUGUACAUGAAGGUACUGGAAUACUUGUUAGAGUCCUUAUGCUUACAUCGAUUUUCUCAUUAUGAUGGGAGCAGCAAUGAGAAGGAAUUGGAAGAAAUCGGUUCUAUGUACUUGGAGGUUGUGAAGUCAUGGAUGAAGAUAAAAGAAGAUUCGGAAUGGGGAGCAUUCGCAUCGAUGUUUCCCAUGCUGGUGAACACCUUUGCUUCUGAACAUGUAUUAUUUCCAUUGUGGGAUUACAUCUUGAACAAGAUGAAUGAUCUGAAAGAAUUUCUCACCGUCCUAAGUAUCAUGACGGAUACGUGUCUCACGUCGCAUCAUUCUACAAAGUUAACUUGCGUACAUCGCGAUAUCUUCAGUAAGAACACUUUCUGGUUAUUAUUAUUAGAGGGAUUGCGAUCACCGUUGCAACAAUAUCGCAAACAAGCUUUGUACAUAAUGAGAAGAGCUACUGAUUUCAUGAGUAAAGCUGGCAACUUAGGAUCAAUGAAAGCUGAAGUUACUCCGUUUAUUUGCAGCGAAUCUUCAGCUUUGUCAGCGGACGGCAUCAGGCAGAAAUUCUUCUUGGUGUACGAGGCAUUGGAGGAAAAGCAAUAUCACUUGGUAGCACCGGCUCUAACUCACGUGAGCAGUUUGGUAAAGGCGAGCGAGGAGCAUAAAUCUUGUUUCAACAUCGUGUGGCUGCGAUGCAUCCUCGAGAAAGUCCUACGGCACGAGAAUAAUAAUAUCGUAAAGUGGAGCGUGUCGCACAUUUGCAAGCUGGACAGCGUCGUGUUUGACGAUCAGUUUCUCGAGUUGUUCGUGAGUAUCCUCAAUAACUCUUUCCUUUACGAGUGCCAGCCUAACGAAGACUGUCCGGAGAUUGUGGGAGAACUCGCGACAUUCUUCAGACGUAUGACGAAGACAGGUUUGCUCGGUAGAUUCCUGAAGAAAGUCAGCGAGCUGACCUGGGGCCCGGUAGCGAUAUUUUACGUAGUACACACGCUGCGAGCAACUUCGCAGGAGGAGGGGAUACGCAAGGACGAUUGGCGAGCUGCUGAAUUGAGUGCCAUUAAAUCUCUGUUGGAGACGAACCUGAACAUACACUCUCGCGUUUUACGUACCGCGUCGCAAAUUGAACUUUUGCGGACGAUACCGAACUUCAUACGGCAGAUCAGCGACCUGACACUGCUCGCUAACUUCUUAGCCGCGUUCCCUCCGGGAGAGGGUCUCGCCAGAGGAGGAUCCCCUUGGAGCGUGAUCACGGCUUGGUUGCGAGAGGCACUGCCGAAGGAAGACGCGAUGACUUUCGUGGAACAGACUUGCAAGAAGUAUUCAUACGAUGAAAGUCCCGAAGUCGGCCCGAGAGCAUUCGCGCUGAUGAUGUUCCUCUUGCACGACGCGGGUCUCGUGCUUACGUGCAGAACGUGCCCCGCUGAGAAUGCGUUGAACAACUGGUUGUCCUCCUUAAACGGCAUCGAGGUCAGACCUUACGCCGAUAUUCGCUCGAGCAUCAACGUAGCGGAAUUUAUCUCGCAUUCGUUGAACAUGUACGGAGGAACGGCCUGCAACGGCGUGACGCGCUUGAUAUCGUUCUACAUACACGCCGCUUUCAAGUUUCUAAUUAAAAACGUGAGGAAGAUGGCCACGGGACUAAAUUACGAGGAUUACACGAGAUACACGGCCAUCCUGUCUUCGCACAUCGCGAACGCGGACUUGGUCAUGCCGAAGAGAGACGCGAGCAGCUACGCGGAAAAAUUGCAAGAAGAGAGCAUACGUUUACUGAAGGACCGUCAAAGUAGCCUGUAUGGCAUGUGCAUCUUGCACCUCACCCAGAGCACCUUGCCCUCCCAGGCGAGAACAUUUUACACGAAAGAUUUGCUGAAUGUGGACGGUGACGCGGUGAAUUGCGGGAAAGUUGCGUCGGAAUAUUACUUGCUUCUUUCGCGACUCACGCAUCGAUAUCUCCGAAAUUCUCCUGUACACACGUGGAUUCCCACCGCCGCGCUGCUGAACGAUCUGCUCAAGUUCCUCGAGUUAGGAGGGACGGAAAUUGUUUCCGAAGUAGCCACGAUAUUGGCUGUGAUGGUCGACGGUGGAGUUAUCAAUGACUCAAACGAUAGGGAGACUUUGGAGCAUAUCCUUCGGACAUGCUGGAGAUGCACCUUCGUCGGUAAAAAGAACAAUGUAUUCUGGAGGGCGAUAGAGAAACUCACGGGAGUUAUUAUAAGCGAUAACUUUUUGCUACUGCCUGGUGCCGCGGAAUUCACAACGGAAUUUGUCGAUCAAUUGGGAGGCGAUGGUACGGCCAAAUUUAAGAGGAUAUUGUUGUCAAAGAUGGAAAGACUGGACGUGGAUAAUUUGAUGAAAUUGGAAAAACCGUUGUUAAACUGUCUUCUUCACGGUUCAGUACUUCGGCGUGACGAAAGAGUCGAAAAUCAUGUUCACUUGUUCAUCGCCAAGCAUCUGGGACAACAUUUCCCCGAGCAUAUUCUAACAUUAGAUCAUAAUAACGAUGCUGCAGUUAGAGCAUCGGCGACGAUAUUGCUGCAUAGAAUAGUUAGUUAUCCUGUGUUAAAUUAUGCGACGACCGUUGUGCCACUUAUAUUCGAAAUGUUGGACAAGUACAGAAACAAGAGAUACUUCAACGAUUCCUACAUACAUAAAUUAAAGCAUAGACUAAUGCAGAUUUUAUUAAUAUUAGAACCGGUCAUGAGUGAGGAGCUCGUGAUUCUGCUACGAAAAAAAUUGAGUGAAUCGAUUUUUUCGGAAAGCAAUCAGCAUAGCGUGAGAUUGAUGCAAGAAUGGCUGAUGGUACGAAUCUUGAGAAGAAAUAGCGAUCUACACAAUGAAUUGUGGAUAUUUUUCGCAGAGAGUAUAGAAAAACGACCGGGAUGUACAGUUUCUGUGGCAAGUAUUGUGUACCACGUCGCGCGACUUCUUUCAGGUACCAACCGGGAAACUUUUAUCAGAACAGCUCUGCCGUACGUAGCGCAAUGUUGUUUAGGCCAACAAUUUAAUAUGCGUCUCUAUAACCAGUUUAUUCUGGUGCGGCUGCGUGAAUUAAUGAAACAAACAAAUGAUGGCUACAAUGGCAUGUAUCAGGCGGCUAAAGCUAGCUUGCAACAAACAAGCUCGACGAAGAAUUCCACAAAGAUACAGGACGAUUUUUACUUUUCCGGUUUUCAUCCAAUCGAUGAUUACAGUUUGCAGACGAUUUACUUGGAAUUACCACGACUAACUAAUGUAAGUUGCGACGAGUGGAUCAGCCCGGAUGUGUUUAAAGCUUUCAUGUUUGCGCGAAACGAUAAUCAUCCCCUGCAGCUCUACAAUGUCAAUUCGUUCCUAUCCGAAACUACUGCUUCUAUGUAUCUCAUGAAAUCUUCCACAGGUGACGCGGAGUCGUUGGCGAACAAUGUUGAAAUUCACAUGGAAGGUUUACACAAUAUUCAAAGGAAGAUUGACCCGUUUACAGUUCCGGUAUACAGUGAUAAUUUUGGAGCAACAGAAGAAUCCAUACACCGGCGAGACUUACACGAAGAAGGUCUGAUAGUUGUAGCAUCUCUCGUUAGUCGACCGCCGAAUUUAGGUGGAAUUGCAAGAACGUGCGAAAUAUUUGGAGUUAAGUUACUAGUCAUUGCAAAUUUGGAUUGUGUAAAGGACAGGGAAUUUCAAUGCCUCAGUGUGUCCGCCGAAAGAUGGAUAAGUCUGCUACAGGUGAAAUCGCACGAGUUACAACAAUAUUUAUUGGAAAAGAAAAAUGCAGGAUGGUCAUUAAUUGGUGCCGAACAAACAGCCAAUAGCGUAAACUUAUUCGAGGCGAAAUUCGAGAAAAAGACAAUUCUCGUGUUAGGGAACGAGAAAGAUGGUAUGCCUGCAAACUUGAUACCCCUCUUUGACGCUUGUGUGGAAAUACCUCAAGUAGGUGUGAUACGGUCGUUGAACGUUCACGUUACCGCUGCAAUCUGCAUAUGGCAGUACGUGAGCCAACAUACAUUAAAGCAACCAUCCUUACGAGGACAAUGAUGAGUGAAUGCACUACUUGU